UGAAGUUACGGAAGUGAAUCAUGGACUAUGGAGAUUGACUGUCGAUUUCUAAACAAAGCUCACAGGACCAUCAUUUUAUAGAUAAUUAGCAUAGAUAAUUUAAAUAAAUGACAAUAAUAAAUUAAAAAGGAACAUGUUUGCAUUGAAGUAAAAUUAAUUCAACUAAUGCCACAUUAAGAUUAGCUCUAGACUUAUUCUAAUUAAAUCUACAUUCAAGAAAGUAAUCAAGGAAGCCGAGUCAAGUCUCUGCAGUCUCUGGUCUAUUACUAUUAUUAUUAAUUCUACUAUUACUAUCAUUUUUCAUAGUGUACUACACUACUACAGUAACAGUGACAGUCUAGUAAAAAGUAUUAGUAUAGUGAACUCUAUAGAGAGUCUAGAUCUAGACUCUAGUCACUCUAGACUCUAGUGUCGUAGUGAAAUGUACUUUACUCUGACUCGAGUCUAGAGUCUAGUGAGACUACCUAGUGACUAGAGUAGAGUCACUAGUGAGACUAGUGACUAGAGUAGAUCUAGUCUGGAUCUGCCUCUGUCAAAAGUAAAAGGCUCUGCUCUGUCACUCUCAAGCCUGUGACUGUCAUCCACUCUCUGCCAGUCACAAUGACAAUCACGCUUGAUUAAAAAUAAUCCUUUCUUCAGAAUCAAUUCUGUAGAUCUAGAAUCUAGAUCCAUGUGUUAUGAAUGAUUUUGGAAGCCGCUUGUCUUUGCAGUUUUUACUCAACCUACUAGAUCUAAUCAUUAGAGUUCCACUCAUCAUGAGUACUACUUUACUAGAUCUAGAACUUGAUCUAUAGAUCUAACUCUAAGCAUUUAUAACAAUUCUAGAUCUAGUUCUCUACCAAGCUGUAAGAUCUUGAAGAUGAUCAUAUUUUAUCUAGAUCUAGCUAAAUUUAGAACUCUAGAUCUAUAUCUAGAUUCUAGAUCUAGAUUUUAAAUGACAAUUAACAGAUUGUGAAUUAAACCAUGUAUUAUUUAAAUUUAAUGAAUAAGCCAUUCAGAAUGCUUAAAUUUUAAGAGUAAGGAUACUCAUGCUGAUAUUCAAUAAUUGUGGUUGUGGUCUAAGUGAAUAGAAAAUGAGCUUUGUCAAGAAAAUGCUCAAUCAACGAGGCAUGGGUGAUGUAACACAAGCAGCUCAGUCACAAGAUCAUGGCCUUGGCCUUAUGCAUUUAAGAAAACUGUUUGCUGAAUUUCGUAACCCUCCAUCAAGACCAACCCCAAAAAAUCAAGAAGACAAGCUAUACAGCAUGCUACCUCUUUUCAUCAAGGUAUUUGAAAAUACACAUGCUAAUGAAAUGACAGAAAAAUGGAAUGAUAUACUCCAGUUCUGUAGUCAUGUGUCAAAGCUUAUGGUAACAGAGAUUAGAAGAAGAGCUUCUAAUCAAUCCACAGAAGCAGCAAGCUGUGCCAUCGUUCAGCUUCUUGAGAUGGAGUCACCAGUGGAAAAUGGAAACGGAUGGACAUUAUUGACUGCUGUAAACCUUUUGUCACUGGGAGGAAACACUCUGAUUGAUUGCAUGACUGCUGCAUCUCUACCAUCCACAUUAGUUAAAUGUCUUUAUUUGUUCUUUGACUUACCUCCUAUUGAAAAUGAGGACCAACUACAACCAGGAUGUCAGUUUACACCUAAGGAAAGAAGAAUCUUAUUACAGAAAGUUUUUGUACAGGUGCUGGUCAGAUUAUGUAAUCACACAUCUCCUUCAGAAGAGCUUGCUCGUAAAGAUGACCUAAGCCUUCUGUUCAGUGCUAUAACUAGCUGGUGUCCAAAAUGCAAUAUUAUGUGGAGACAGAGUGCCGGUGAAGUCUUGGUAACACUGUCACGUCAUGGGCUGACACACCAUGUUGUCAACUACAUUCAUGAAAAAGGUUGUGUGCGACAUUGUAUUGAGAACAUGCAACGUGCUCAAGAUCUCUCUCCUUUAGAAUUAGUCGAAAUGUUUGUUACAGUUUUCUGUUUCCUGAAAGAUUCCAGUGAUGUAUCACAACUCUUGUUGGAUGAUUUUCGAACAUGUCAGGGCUAUGUAUUUCUCUCCGAGUUUCUUCUCAAACUUGACCAAGAAAGCGCUGAGGAAUCAAUACAGGCUCUUAGAAAUUUAGUCCUCUUAGUAGGCUCACUAACCACUUGUGGGUUUUCUGAAAUGAAACCCAGUCAUAGCAACACAGGCUCACUCUUUCAAAUGCCUGGUUUUGCAGUUCCUAGUCCCUCUGGAAAAGGUGUUAGUGUGAGAAACAUUCAAGCUUUUCAAGUUCUCCAGUCAGUCUUCCUGAAAUCCAGCACCAGUCACUUAUGUAGUACCAUCCUGGAUGUCAUCAGCAGUAUCUAUCAUCAGGAUAAUGCAAAUUACUUCAUCCUAGAGUCCCAGCAUACCCUGCCACAGUUUGCAGAAAAAAUUUUCCUCAAGCCUAAAGACAUUCAGAUUAAGUUUUUGGAGCUGUUGGAGUUCCUAGUGUUCAAUUUGAACUUUGUUCCAUGUAAAGAGUUGAUUAGUCUCAGUAUUCUCAUCAAGUCUCAGCAUUCCUUAGACUGUAGUAUACUGAGCAUGAGGUCAUUGUUACGCAUCUUGCGCUACCACAGUGUUUACAGAGAUGUAUUCAGGGAAGUUGGAAUGUUGGAGGUCAUGGUCACUUGUUUACACAGAUAUGCAGCUCAAUUGAAGGAGGUCAAUAGUCUGGCAGAUUCAACUGUUGUCUCAGAGGAACAACAGGAGUUAGGCUUGUUGGUGAUGGAAGCUCUCUCUGUUUUAUUGACCGGUAAUAGUUCUAAUGCAGGUGUGUUUAGAGAAUGUGGUGGUGCCCGUUGUGCUCACAACAUGGUGCCCUUCCCAGAGUGCAGGCAACAAGCCCUCCAUAUAGUUCAGCAGCUUGUCUUAUCUCCUGGAGGUGAUGAUGACAUGGGAACACUUCUGGGUCUCAUUCCUACAGCAGCCCUUACAGAUCUGGAGCUAAAGACACAUAUACUAAAGUCUUUGUUGAGUGUAUUGAGAGAAAGUCACAGGACCAGAACCGUUUUUAGAAAAGUUGGGGGAUUUGUUUAUGUCAUGUCAGUACUUGUAUCCAUGGAAGGUUGUCUGUCUAGCCCACCAAAAUUUCCUUGGAACACUGUGGAGAAAAAAGAUAUUCUGUUGAUGCUAAAAACUGUGUUCAGUACUUUGACAGUAGCCAUGAGAUAUGAGCCAGCCAAUGCCAAGUUUUUUGCUACAGAGGUACGCUAUGAUAGUCUAACUGAAGCUGUCAGACUAUUGGGUUGUUUUUCCAAUACUGUAGACAUUCCAGCAGCAUCAGAUGGCAUUGUGCCUUCAGAGUCUCUUGAACAUUUUGGUGCAGUCUUUGUGCAUUGCAAAGAAGAAAGAGCACCAUCGUCUGUUCAAAAAACACUCUUGUCAGCUUGUAUUAUACUGAGGUAUCUCUAUGACAUGGCUCUGGAUGCUUUUGAUAAGCCAAACCAAAUCAAGUCCUCAGAUUCUCCAUGUUUAAAGAAGUACACCUCUGUCAUAGAAGACAGCCAGCCCUCAUCUCCUCCAGCAAGUUCCAGCAUGAGACCUAAGAGUGGUAGUACUGGCAGCAUGUCUAUAAGUCUGAGUGGAGGAGCUGAUCCUAUCAUUGUUCAUUCUGGAGCAAUCUUGUCCAUAUUUCACUUACUGCCUGCCAUAGAAGACCCAGAUAACUUUCAGGCUUCAUGGGAUCUUAAGAUAUUCAUUGCUGACCUCUUGAAGUCUAUGUUGAGGAAUGAGAGGAAUCAGCAGAUCAUGUGUGAUGCCAGAUUUCCCCAUGAGCUACUAAGUCAUGGGAGUGCUGCACUAGCAGACGAGUCACAUCCACUUCAUACAUUCCUUCAGUAUAUGUUUGAAAGACUAGCUUCACAGUCUCUGACACCUAGAGAUUUGAGAGAUUUUCUGAGACUUGGAUCACCUCUGAGUUGUAGAUCUGUGGAAGAAAAAUAUUAUGAUGAUGAUUCUGUGGCAGUCACAGAUCCAGACAACAUGGCAUCAUCUCUGGAAAUGGAAGAGAAACCAGUUACCAUGGAAACUGAGAAGAAACUGAACUCAGCGGGUGCUACUGUGCCACUGACACGUGUCAAGUGUCUUGUUUCCAUGACUACUCCACGUGACAGCAGAAUGCAUGGAUCUUCUGUCACACCAGCAUUUGUGGAGCUGGACAUGAGUGCAGAGGGUUUCUCCUGCUUGUACCUACCAAGUAUUGCCCCUCAGGGUCCACCAACACCUUCAGUAGUGGGUGGUGUUGUGGGAACCUCAGAACCUGUUGUUAUUGGUGGAAUAGGAGCAGGUGAACGUGUAUUUCCACCACAGUCUGGCCUGACAUACUCCACCUGGUUCUGUGUGGACAAAUUUAGUUCUUUUGGUAUGGACGCUCACCCAGUCAGGCUGCUUACCAUAGUUCGAAAUUUGCAGGGACGGGAAGAAAAUCUAAUCUGUUUGAGUGUAUUGAUUAUGUCCAAGGAUAGAGCACUGAUUAUAACAACACAAGAAAAUUACAUGCCUAAUGCAGGUAAUGGCUGUGAGAUUGAGCAGGAGCCUCCACUAAAUGACAACACUGUCAGGUUCUGGUGUCCUGAGUUAACCCAAGAGGGUCAGUGGCACCACCUGGUGCUGGUCUUACACAGAGCUGGUAUUAUGAAGAACAGCAACAUAAGUCUGUAUGUUGAUGGAGAGAUGAUGCCACAACAAAAGCUUCAUUAUCUCUCUCCAAAUCUGGGAGGAGGAGGCACUGCCAGCCCAACAGCAUUCACCUCAGUAUUUGCAUAUAUUGGUACACCGCCACAGCUUAGGCGUCAGUCAAGGUUGCUGUGGAGACAGGGUCCUUGUCUAAUGCUGGAGGACAUACUUACAUCUAAUGUGGUGAAGAGCAUCUAUGCUCUAGGACCAACAUACGUGGGCAGUUUACAAGCACCACUUGGAGCUGAUGGUGAUAUAAGUGGUCCUUACAUCAGUGAAGAGAAAGUUAUGUUUGGUGUCUUUGCACAUGCCAUGUCACAAAUGACAAUUGCCAAAAUUAGAAAAGUCUACAACAAAGUGGACAGUAAAUCAAUCGCCAAACAGUUGGCCAUGUCAGCUCAUGAAAAUGCCACACCAAUUAGAAUACUGCAUAACUCAGCAGCACAUCUAGCUGGUCCUGCCAGAAGUCUAGGGGCUGUCCUAAUGGGUUACUUAGGUGUGCGGACUUUUUGUCCUCGCCCUGUUGCUAGGAUGCUAGAAAAUGUUGGUGGUACUUCAUCUUUGUUGGGUUUGAUUGCUAUGGCCAAAGAUGUGGAAAGUCUUUAUGCUGCAGUCAAGGCUUUGGUCUGUGUUGUAAAAAGCAAUAAUUCAUCAAAGUGGGACAUGGAUAGAAUCCAAGGCUAUCAGCUGUUGGCAAUGUUAUACAAAAAGAAACGUCAGCUCCUGAACAGUCACAUCCUACACCUGACCUUUUCUCUGGUUGGUACUCUGGACAGUGGGCGAGAGAGCUCAGUCAUUCCUAAUGUUACAGCAUUCCAAGAUCUGCUCUGUGAUCUAGAGAUUUGGCACGAAGCCCCGGGUGAAUUACAAAGAUCUCUUUAUGACCAUUUCUAUGAGCUGCUGACUGACUCCAGUGAGCAAAAGUCAAACUACAGUAUUAUGAAAAACAUUGGACUAUCCACCAAAUUGCUUCAUAUCCUGAAAGACCAAAAGCUUCCCUUAACAACUGUCCAGUCAAUAGCCAAUGUUUUAGGAGAGCUUUUAUCUGGUUCCUCUGAUCAUGCUGGACUUUUGAGAUUUGGUCAACAUUUAGUCUCUACAAUAACAGUGUCCACUUGUUUGGAGAAGAAUAUUGACAUUAAAACAGACAAUGGAGGAGAGACUGAUGUUUCAAUUGGCUUGAGUGAUUGCAGUCUUUCCCAACUGGUACAUAAUAUCAAAAUGCGCAACAUAUUGCUGGAUGUGAUCAUGAAACUUGUGAAAACAGGAAAUACAGGAGUCAAUCAACAAGCAUGUGAUGAAAUAGCUAAAUUGUUGGGAUUUGAUUGGCUGCUUCUGUUCCUUCAAAGUAAUCUUCAUCCAACCACAGUUGUUUUGACACUAAGAGUUCUCUUGGUAAUGUUUCGUAAUGUUGAAAAUGUGCGGAGGUUUCGUGAUGGAAGCUAUGGUGGUGGCUGGAUGGGUGGUACUGAAGUUCUUUUGAAAAACCAAAUGUCUAUUAUGCUGGGUUUUGAUACAAGCUCACAAACUCGACCAGACAGAGAGAUAAGCUCAGAAGUCUCCCAUGUGCCUGGUUUCCAGGCCUUGCAAUGGCUUCUGUCCAAACAUAUACAUGUACCAGACAUCUUCUUCUUGCUCAUGGCUUUAUUGCUGGGACAACAAAACAAACCAAUUAUUACUGAAGGACAGCCACUAAAUGUUGAUUCGGUUUGGACUGUCAUAUUUGGAGUGCCUGCCUGUAAACCAAUGCAUCUGCUGUCUAGAGAGACAAUUGAUCUAUGUCCUGAUGCAGCAUUAGUCCUUUUAGCAAUGAUUAGGCAGAUGAUCAACGAGACUGAUUUGACUAGUGUCCAGAGCAGCCCAGAAGCUGAGUACCCUGUGACAGUGAUCCAGUUUCUAAUGUUCUUGUAUCAUAACCUGUCUGAUUUCCAGUCAGUGUGUACAAGUUCAGAUUUCAUCACAGCUCUCGUGGCCACCUUGUUCCCAUACCCAGCUUGCGAGUCCAGCAGUGAUGUCACUACACCUAAUGAAGAGUUUAAGCCAUUUCCAGAGGCUGAAGGUUUGGUCAUGGUCAAGUUACCAGAGAAGGAGAGCAUAGGUCUGUUGACUGGACAUCGAGCUCGGAGGUUUAUUGUUGAUUUCAUCAGAAAUAUUGUUAUAGACAGCAUGUCCCAAAUGUCUAACAGUAAAGCAACCACAGUCCUUGAUAUCAUGCUGGAUGCCUCUCCAGAUCAUGCCAGCCGAGCCCAGCAGAAAGAGUUUCAGACAGAAAUGCUGAAGAUAUUAAUGGAUCAUCUCCUGGCUGCUGAUGUUUUGUUGGGUGAGCAGGCUGCCCUUCCCAUCAUGACAGGAAGCAGCUACAGUCACAUUGCCACAAGUGUCUUCUAUUUCGCCAGUCGUAUUGUGGACAAAAUGUGGCACGGUGUGUUUACUAGGGAGCCUAAAGAAGUUUUUGACUUUCUCAGCAACCUGAUAGCUCAGGCUAAGAGUAAAUCCACUGGGAUUUCUUUAGAUCCAAUCUACAAAUGCUUGAAUAGAACCAUUUUGUUUCAAUUGUCUCGGCCCAUUGACUCAGUGGCAAGUCAGGCUGGAGUCUUGGAGGCACUUCACGUUCUAACCAGCAACAGAAAUCUUGUGUUUGGUCCAGGCAAUCAAGACUCUGAGUUCCUUGGUUGUCUUUGUUAUUGUCUCCUUCAGUUAACUGUGGAUCCUGAGUCAAGUGGUGCCAACUUAAAUGAAGCCAAACCAAGGGCCACAACCUGGCAUGUUGCUCCAGAAAUUGCAUCAUGUACAGACAACCAAACAGACUUCAGAUCUAAUGAUCAGGUGGUGAAUCCAAACCUCAAACAAAGUAUGCAGCUAGUUUCUACAGCUGCUAAAAGAGUCUGGGAUGGCCUGUACAUGUCUAAAAAACAUGCAAUAGAGGAAUUGUUCAAAAUACAGUUAACUGGACCUGACAUCAAUGUUGUCAGGUUGAUCAUUCAAGAAGCAGCCUCAAAAAUUUGGGUUUCAUAUGCAGAAAAUGAGCGUAAAACUUCUUUUCUUCAAUUUGAUAAACUACAGAACCAGAUACAAUCUAAACUUCAGAAAGUUGGCAGUGGAGUCACUGGUGUUCUACGUAUGGCCUCCAGAAGGAAUAAAAAAGAUCUGCCCUUGAAAUCAUCUCCUCUGUCUAAUGUACACAUCAAUGAUUUCCACCAAGCCACAUUGAAUCAUAUUGCUUUGUUAAAGAAUGUAGUCCAGUACCAGCAUGAACAAUACUUACAGGCCCAACAAUAUCUGGAAAAAUAUUUAAUGGAUGACUGGAACCAAGUGGAGAAAGAGUUGCUACGAGUUCGUAGUUUGUGGGGACCUCAGACUGGCUCAAGGUUGGAUAAGGUUAUGCUGGAUGUAACAGAAGGCCCAUUUCGUAUGAGAAAAAAAAUGAUGAAAAAUGACAUGUUCUACAACCAUUACCCAUAUAGACCAAAUCUGGAAGAAAGUCCUCUAAGGUACAAAGUUGCCAUUAGUCUUGACAGCAAGGAGUACUAUGACCACUUCUGGCCCCAGGGUAUACUCUGUAUGGAGGCAGCACCUAUACAGAAAACAUCAGAUGUUGAUUUGAUCAACAACUUUACAGAAGUAACUUCGGGAUCUCCUGAUGAUGUGAACAAUUUAAAGAAGCUUCUUCCCAGAGCUAGCAGCAGCAAGUCCAGUGGUGAUGAUGAUGACAAUGAUGACAGUAACCUAGAACUACAACCUGGGGAAGUGGACAAAUCAGACAGUACCAUGGAGAGGUCAGAGAGUCUCAUGGACAAACCUGAUGGGGACAGCCAGAAUGACCCGACUUUGGAUGUGCCCUCCUCACCUAGCACUAAAACAGACAAUCAAACAAUUUUACAUUUUAUUGGAGAGAAAGAAAAGAUCAGUCACAUGUUCCGAUGUGCCAGGAUUCAAGGUCUGGACACCUCAGAAGGUCUUCUCUUGUUUGGUAAAGAACAUUUCUAUGUGAUUGAUGGCUUCACUUUACUCAGGACUAAGGAGAUCAAAGAUAUAGACUCUUUACCACAGGAAAUCCAUGAUCCAAUUAUUCCAAAGUCUUCCUCCAUGGGAGCUGGCAGCUACUUAAAACGCUUGAACAGCAGAUUUGCAUAUGAUGAUAUUCGGGAAGUUCACAAGAGAAGAUAUUUACUACAGCCAAUAGCAAUAGAAGUGUUUUCAGGAGAUGGACGCAACCAUCUUUUAGCUUUUCCUCGGAAAAUACGGAACAAAGUUCUCACGAAGUUUUUGUCUGUGGCUACAGCAAUGACAGAUAAUGCUCAGCACUCAGUGUCUGGUCAACGCCAGAAUGCUAAAGUAGAAACUGGCGGAGGCAUAAUCAGUAACCUGAUAGGAGAAAAGUCAGUGACACAGAGGUGGGAGAAAGGAGAGCUCAGCAACUUUCAAUACUUGAUGUACCUCAACACAUUAGCCGGCAGGUCUUACAAUGAUCUCAUGCAAUACCCUGUCUUUCCUUGGAUCAUUGCCAACUAUGAUUCUGAGGAAUUAGACUUAAGUAAAGCCUCUAACUUCCGAGACCUUUCCAAGCCCAUGGGUGCUCAGACUCCAGUCAGAUUACAACAGUUUCAGAAACGCUACAAUGAAUGGGAUGAUCCACAAGGGGAAACCCCACCCUAUCAUUAUGGAACUCACUACUCUUCUGCCAUGAUUGUUGCCUCCUACCUUGUGCGCAUGGAACCAUUCACACAACAUUUCCUGAAACUUCAGGGAGGCCAUUUUGACCUGGCAGACAGAAUGUUUCAUAGCAUUAAAGAGAACUGGAUGUCUGCUUCUAAAAACAACAUGGCUGAUGUGAAGGAAUUAAUUCCUGAGUUUUUUUACUUGCCUGAUUUUCUUCUAAAUAAAAAUAAUUUUGACCUUGGUGCUAAACAAAAUGGAGUCUCACUAAAUGAUGUGCUGCUACCUCCCUGGGCUAAAGGUGACCCUAGAGAAUUUAUACGUGUACAUAGACAGGCCCUAGAAUGUGACUAUGUGAGCUGCCACCUCCAUGAAUGGAUUGAUCUGAUAUUUGGCUACAAACAGUGUGGUCCAGCUGCUGUGGAAGCUGUCAAUGUCUUUCAUCAUUUGUUCUAUGAAGGCAAUGUGGAUAUUUACAGCAUUGAUGACCCACUCAAGAAAAAUGCAACCAUUGGGUUUAUUAAUAACUUUGGACAAAUUCCUAAACAGUUGUUCAAGCGACCUCAUCCACAGAAAAAACUCAACAUUCCUAUCAAUGCUUUCUUUUUCCACCAUGUAGAUAACUUAAAGCCUUCCAUGCAGCCAAUCAAAGAAUUGAAAGCUGCAGUUGGUCAGAUUCAUCACUUGGACAAAUACCUGCUGGCUGUGGAGCAAAACAAAGUCUUAAUUCCACCAGGACACACACGUUACCUGGCUUGGGGCUUUUCUGACUUGAGUAUAAGAAUAGGUGCAUAUGAAUCUGAUAAGGCUUCACUAGUGUUUGAAGGUUUGGACAGUGGAGAAAUUCUAUGUGCUUCAUGUCCCAAUGAUAAAAUUUUUAUCACAGGGGGAACUUGCUGUGUUGUCAAUGUGUGGGAGUACAACAAUAAGGAAAAGAAAGCAGUUCUCAAACAGCCAUUGUAUGGCCACACAGAGCCUGUUACUUGCCUGACAUCUUCUGCUGCCUACAGUUUAAUUGUAAGCGGCUCCAGAGAUAGAACUUGCAUAUUGUGGGACAUGAGUCGCCUGAUCUAUGUCAACCAGCUAAGAGGACAUGUAGCACCUGUGGCAGCUGUUGCUAUCAAUGAUCUUACGGGAGACAUAGCAACUUGUGCUGGAACAUUUCUCCACGUGUGGAAUGUGAAUGGGGAAAUGAUAGCCAGUGUGAACACCUCCACAGGACGUAACCAGCAGAUUCUCUGUGUCUGUAUCUCACAGAUGAAUGAAUGGGACAACCAGAAUGUUAUUUUAACUGGAAGUACUGAUGGCGUUGUUCGAAUGUGGAGCAUAGAGUAUGUUCAAGUUCCUAAAGAAUCCAAUUCUGUCAACAAAGAAAGUACUAAGGAAGGCAACUCCUCACCCAAAUCUUCUGCUCCGCUUCCCAUCGGCUCUAAUCACAAAUUGACUCAUCACAACUCCAGUGACAGCUACACAGGAAGGAUGAAGUUGUCUCGCCACGAGUCCUGUGACAGUUACAGUGAUGGUAAGCCUGCUGUGGACAUGCUGAAAGAUUUCAAGGACCCUGACUUUCUUGCUGCCAUUGAAUGCGACCUUGGCUCCUCUGAAGAGCAGGACAGCCCGUUCUCUAAACGGUUGAGAGAAGAGGACAGGGAAUCCUCCUGGGAAAACAAAAGGUUGAGUCAGUUUGGCUCCACCACUAUGAGUACCAGCAGUACCAGUGAGAAAGUUUCAGAUAUCAAAGUUCACCAGGGUGUUGAAAGUGUUGACGACUUGAAGCAAACUUUAGACACAGCAGCUGAUGCCUUGGUGGUGUUAGGUAGUGAGGCAGCUGUAGAAACUGUAUCUAACACAAGGGAAACUAUUGCUCAGGAGAGAGAUUCUCAGUCAGAGGUUCCAAAUGAAAGUGUCUCAGAACUUGUUGGAAGUGAGUCCUCAGAAUUUGAAGUCCUUAGCGAGCAGGAUUUGUCAGACUCCAGGAAGAAAUUAGCUGAUGAUGUUUUAAAGAAAUACAAACCUCUUGGGAAACAUACUUUGAGAGAAGGUUUCUGUUGGCAGAGACAACUUGUGUUUAGAAGCAAGCUCACCAUGCACACUGCCUAUGAGCGCAAGGAUAACAAGGAGCCAGCAGCAGUCACAGCCAUAUCUAUUUCUAAAGACCACAAAACAGUUUAUGUGGGGGAUGUUAAGGGAAGACUAUGGAGCUGGACUGUGACCAAUCAACCUGGGCGUGUUGUUGCUGACCAUUGGAUCAAAGAUGAUGGAGCUGAAGCAUGCCCAACAUGUGGAGUGAAGUUUUCCUUUGCAGAAAGACGCCAUCACUGUCGAAAUUGUGGCUAUGUUUUUUGUUCCAGGUGCAGUUGUUUUGAGACAGAGAUAAGAAGGUUAAGAAUAUUGAAGCCAGUCAGAGUCUGCCAGGCCUGCUAUAAUAUUGUCAAAGCCCAACAAGCCUCAGAAAAUCUUACUGGCAAAUAGAAGAAAGACAGCAAGAACAAUUUGUGACUAGCUUUGCAUGGCAGACACUUUGAACUUGUGCAAUACAGUUGGACUCUGAUCAUUAGAGAACUGACAUUCUCUCAUCUCUAGUCAUUGAAAUCUAGUUUGAUCUAGUUGACCAAGUAGCAUUCUAUACCUGGUGCAGCCAUUAUACAACUAAGUCUACCUAUAGGAUUCCAGUCACUUUGAAUUGAAUAGGAUUUCAGCCUUCCCCAUCACUUCUCUCUUAAUAUCAUGUAGUAUCUCAUUAUUAUUUGUUAGUGUAAAGCAAAGUAUUAUUUUCAAGCUUAUCACUGGGAAAUAGAACUGUUAUUUAUGUACAUAUGCAGUUUAUGUUGGAUCAUUUCAGUUGUGUCAGAUACUGUACUGUUGAAACCUAAUGAGAUUCACUCAGUCCUUAGUUUUGACUGAUGUUCUCAGAAUGCUAUCAAAGUCCCAAAUGAUUUAAAUUGAAAUAAAUCAAUCUAUAUUUAAAAAUAUGUUCAAUUUAUUUGUGUUUAUUUGCUAACGUUCCAUUUAUUUUCAGUUGUUACGUCCUUCAUUGACAUAAUAGAAUAUUGUGUUUUUGUUCAUAAUUUGUAUCUAGAACUAUUUAUAACAAUACUUUGUGAAAUUCUUGUGUCUAGAGUGUGUCUUUACAAUUUUAACCCAUAAUGUCUUUCUACAUAUUUAACUAGAUAAAGAGAACAAUUUAAAAUAAUUUGAGGCAGUCAGUAAGUGCUCCAAUUUUUAAGGUUUACUUGUAUCUAGAAUGGAGUAAUUUUAACUAUUUUGAAAAGAGACCCCUAGUGAUUUUAUCCAUUCAUUUGCAUUUGUUUAAUGUUAAUUAAGCUAGACCAAACAUUACUUUUGUUUAAUCUAUGUGGAACUAGGCACUUAUAGAGUUAGACCACCCUUAUGCGGUACUUUUAUGUUAGUAGCAAGAUAUGAUCUUUCUGUUGUUGCUGAUAGAUGAUCUAUAUGUUGUUAUUUAUUUCAUAGCAUAUAUUUAUAUUGUCAAGGCAGACAUUGUUGAACAUUGUUCUGUUGUAGUGAACACUUGAAUGUGCUCAACAUUCUGAAGUACAUGUAUUUUGUUGUCUCUCUAGAGAAACUAGUGCAAGUAUUUUGUUCAGUUUAGACUUUUAGUUUUGUAAAUUGAUGUGUAAUACAUACUGUUCCUAGGAACAAGUAAUGAUUUAAUUCAAGAAAAAAAUGUUUCUAAAUUGGUUGUUAUCUCUUUAUUUUUUUUAUUGAGCUGCAAUGAAGGAAUUGUUUAUUCAACAUAAUAUAAAGCAAAAUCAGUUGGUAAUAUUUCUAAACACUUGAAUCAAAAUGUCCAGACAUUGAAAAAUUCUACAAGUAUUUUUAUUUUAUUCAGAUGUUGUUUUCUGUUUCUCCAUAGUUUGAAUCAUUCCAUUUUAAAUAAACAUUUCAUUCCAGAUUUCAUGUCAUCUAUUUGAAGAAAUGCUUUUUUUAAAUUUAAAUUAUUGAUGUUUCUAAAAAUAGGUUUCAAAUCUGCUUAGGCACAACUCCCAGGCAGUCAUUGCUGAACUAUAGAAUAAUAAUAUUUCAUUCUGUUUUCAUCUUAGCCUUGAUUCUUAAAAAUCAUUUAUUUGUUCAUAUCAGUCUAAUCUAGACAAAAGGUAAAUCAAAUGUUUCAUGUGUAUACCUGGUACUUAACUAUUUGUCUUAGUAUUAACUACAUUGUCACAAUUCUAAGAAAGGCUUAUGCAGUACAAUUUCUUAUCCAGCUUAUAGAGGAACUGAGCUCCUCUUUGUUUCACUUAGCUCUGCUUUAGAAAACUUAAAAGGGGUUAAGAGUAAGAUUUUUACAAUAAAACGGUUUGUGAUACCAUCACCAGUUAUUGUCACUUUACAAUGAAGUUUUGGCUGUGGCACUACAUCUUAACAUAGGGCUAUCUGAUGCUGGCCUGGACAGACUGAUGGACAUUGACUCUUCACAUAGGGCUAUCUGAUGCUGGCCUGGACAGACUGAUGGACAUUGACUCUUCACACAUGUGCAAUACUUCAGGGUCACUUUGUGUUGUGUUUGAACUCAACAGAAAACUAUUGUAUAGCUAGUGUCAUACUGUGAUACCUUGGGACAAACUUCCAUUUGUCUUCUUUGCUUAGUCUAUUCUAGAACAUCUUUGCUUGACUCUCAGAUUCUUACAUUUCAUUUACAAAUUCAAUUGUACAGUUUCUUUAUCCACACAUUAUUAUUGUGUUAGUUCAAGGGAAGCUACUCCCUAGAAAGCUUACUGUAGUAUUUCCUUCUAUGUUAACACAGGAUUCAAUGUAUUUGUGUAACUUGUAUGUAAUAAAAUCAUCUAGAAACAUGAAA